AGAUUGCUCCAGCUUCUAACACGUCUGCAUCAACAUACAAAAUGUAACGCCAGGUAGUGGGUUCGUGGCUCUUCAACCGUGUCAGAGGUUAAAAAGCCAGAGAAGAAACGGCCGAGACUCUCUCUCUUUCCCCAAGCAUAUAAACCAUUUACCACCUCUUCAAACACGCCAGUAGCUAAUUGCUGCGCGGAACCCAUGCAAAAGCCACGCAGUUCCUUUAACUCGCAACUCUCCAGCUGGUCACUCACCCCUGUUCUUCAUUGACUCUAAAACAAACCCUUUUUCUUUAUGGUCAACUUAACUUCUUCACAAACAUAAAAUGAAAGCAGAAGAAAAGAUGAAAUCCCCAGUUGAGGAGAGGUUCAUCGAGUUUUAUGAGAAGUGGAUGUGUCAGCUAGAAGAAAAUCUUCAACGACUUCUCAAAGUGUCCAGGGAGAUUCCUCAUCGCACAGAGAGAGAAGCACUGGUGUCCAGAGUUACAACCCACCUCAAAGAAUACUACAACGCGAAGUGGGCUGCAGCGCACGAGGAUGUUCUGGCCUUCUUUUCGCCAGUAUGGCUGAGUCCUUUAGAGAAUGCUUACCUCUGGGUAACGGGUUGGAAGCCGUCCACAGCUUUUCGUCUGAUUGAAUCACUGAGGCAAACAGGGGUCCCUGGGGAGAGCCUGGCGGAGAUGUCGGAGGAGCAGAUGAAGAAAGUGGAGGAGCUGAGAGUGAGAAUAAGGCUGGAAGAGGAGAAGGUGGAGAGGGAGAUGGAGAGGCAACAGGUGGCCUUGGCUGAUCGGAAGAUGGUUGAGCUGGCUCGAGCGGCUAGCCGAGUCAGCAAUGGUGGACUGGCGAGUGAGGAGAAUGGGCUGGUGGAGGUGGCAUUGAAGGGGUUGUUAUCCGGGUUGGAGCGAGUUAUGAAAGCCGCAGACUGUGCGAGGCUCAAGACACUGAAAGGGAUUUUGGAAGUGUUAAGCCCUUUACAGUGUGUCGACUUCUUGGCUGCAACUUUGAUGUUUCAUGUUAAUCUCAGAAAAUGGGGAAUAAAGAGAGCUGGUCCCCAUGAGAUGUAGGAACUACCUACUCUUAUUUCUCCAGUUUCCAGUUUCACUAGGAAGUCUGUUUUCAGUAAUCUUUGUUCAUUUCAGCGUUUGGCACGGAAGAAAUACACUGGACGCUGUUAAAUUCAGUAGUUAUUGAAACAGACCCUCCUACCAGAUGUCUCUUUGUUAAUGUUAUUAUAGAUCAGUAAUCUCCACCCAAACAAUGAAUGAAUGCCUUUUGCUUUUCUGCGAAAA